UUAUCAUGUGUUUCAAGUUCGAUUCCUAUUCCAAAUACAUAGUUGCAAUGACUUCAACAUAUUAAGUUAACCAAAAUGAAGACUUCCCAAGUAGUUUAGAAGUAGAUUACACGCUGCGCUUUGCAGACAAGCUCCACAACUUGCUGGCUAUAGAGAGUUGUGUUGUAGUCUUAUUUUAAAUCAUAAAGCACGGACGGUAAACCUAUGACACAUCAAGUGAGCUCGGUCCGGUGCUGCAGAUGGGCGGCAUAGGCAGGAAUUUAUUUCUCAAUAUGUUGAAUGGAACAGACGCGCAAAGUUUCGCCAAAGACGCAGAACUGAACAGCCACUUGCACCGACACCGCGACUUCCCGGACUUCAAAAUGGGCAUCCAAGACACGAGGUUUUACUACCAGGACUCCAUUCCAAAUGGACAGGACAGUUUGACGUUGCCGUUCCACGCUGAACAUCACCAAAGCGCCGGAGCGCAGACGGGGAGGUUUUACGCACCGGCUCAGCUCAGCAGCUGUCACUUCACCAGCCGGAGCGGGACGGGACAUACUUACGUUCCAGGCGCAGCCGAUGCGUAUUCUUCAGCCAACGGUAAAGACGUGUACCCGAGCGGCGCAGACUGCUACCCGGCGACUUUUCAGCACGGGUUCCCUCGAGCACCUAUGUACUCUUUACCUGGUCUACAGGUGUCCGGGAAGACUCAAGUGCUCCUCAACAACUACCCGCUGUGGGCAAAGUUCCACAAGUACCAGACAGAGAUGAUCAUAACGAAACAGGGACGGAGGAUGUUCCCUUUCCUCAGCUUUAACAUCAACUCACUGGAGCCCUCAGCUCAUUAUAACGUAUACGUGGACGUGGUUCUUGCUGACCAGCAUCACUGGAGGUACCAAGGAGGCAAAUGGGUCCAGUGCGGCAAGACAGAAGGCAACAUGCCAGGAAACAGAAUGUAUAUGCACCCAGACUCUCCCAACACUGGGAAUCACUGGAUGAGACAGGAAGUUUCCUUUGGCAAACUGAAACUUACCAACAACAAAGGCAGCUCUAACAAUGUAGCACAGAUGAUAGUGCUGCAGUCGCUUCAUAAAUACCAACCACGUCUUCACAUAGUGGAGGUGAAAGAGGACGGAACGGAGGACACCUUUCUGACCUCAAAAACCCAGACGUUUGUCUUCCCUGAGACUCAGUUCAUUGCCGUCACUGCCUACCAGAAUGCAGAUAUAACUCAGCUGAAAAUAGAUCACAACCCUUUUGCUAAAGGUUUUCGGGACAAUUAUGAUGCGCUGUACGCACUUCCUGACUCAGACCGCUUUACGCCUUCCCCAACCGAGAGCCAGCAGCUCCUUCCAGGCAGUUGUUACCCUCACCAGCCGUACCUGUCUGAUCAGUACAUGAGCCCCCUGCCUCAGAGUCGUUUCUACAGCCGCGAGCCGGUUAGCAUGACCCAGCAGUGCCCCAAAGACCCUGCAGCCAGCCCUCACAGCCGCUUUUACCUGCCCAGCCAGCAGGGGGUGCCGCCGAACCGCCUUGACUUUAAUGCGUACGAAAGCGAAUACACUUCCAGCAGCAUCUACAAGCCGUUUCCAAUUCAGACGUCCCCACACCACCCUCUAGGCUACUACUCUGAAAGCCCCUUUGCUUCCGGGCCGGUUUCUGGUGCCAACACAGGAGCAUGGAGCUCAGGACGGCCCUCACCGCAGUACCUUAACCACCCACACCACAGUAAACCAGGGUCCAGCCUCGGCUGGUUCCGAGCACUCUCGUCCCAGGCUACAUCUUCAUCUCCCUCAGCAGUAAACUCACGUUUCCAUUCCCCCCCAUUGCUCCUGGAUCCCCAGCGCCAGCCUCAGCUCCAAGACAAGUCCAAAGAGUCUGGGGAGGACGCCUGGAUAGAAGCCCCCUCAGUUAAAUCGGUGGACUCAGCUGACUCAGGUUUGUUUGAGGGAGGAGAGAGUAAGAAGAGGCGCGUGUCGCCUUACACGUCCAGCACAGAAAAUUCCCCUCCCAACCGCAGUGCAGAGGUUUGCGAAAAGGACAAUUGCAGUGAUGCAGGCUACUACGGCUUCUACACCCACUGAAGACCAGCACUCAGACUGUGCUCCCGCUGUCUUCCACCCACCGUCUGUCUGCAUGGCCUGAGACACAGGGAUCAAGCUCUCUGUGAUAGUAGCUACAGUGCCAGGUGUUAGGUGGACCCUCUAUGCUUCGUGUUCCCUGUGUUAGAUGUUUGGGGGUCAUGUGGAGGUGUUCUGAAGGUCACUGUCACACAAAUACUGAAGACGAUGUGACUGCGCUGAGACAAUGGCCUGGAGACACACAGACAAACAGACCCGUGUGACUUUAGCAGCUGAAGAUUUCACAGCACACCUGCUGUCCACUCCCCCAAAUGAACUGUCUCUGUUCCCCUCGUCAGCCACAGACAAAAAAACAUCUCACAAAAACCCACACGCCACAUGCACGCUCAAACAAACAAUCAAAUCACAUUCACAUGGGUCUUUAAAAUGUGGACUUAGAGGUAUAUUUCACAGAAAAAAGCAAAAGUCCCUCAUGUUAUGAUCAUUUCAAACGCUAUUCAUUUGAUAGCUUUGGAUGAGAAAAGACAUGGAAUUUAACUCUGACAUCAUCUGAUUCUGACAAUCAUCUGACAUCACUUCUUCUUUCAUGGACCCACCAAAGGAAAUGUCUUUUUCUCACCCAAAGCUAUUGUGCACAAUUAACAUUCUGUUGUUACUUGAUGGAUGAUCUCAUCGAGUUGUUAUCUGAUGAGUGAUCUCAUUGGAAAUAACACCAGAAAUUGACAUAUUAAGCAGAAGAAUUAUAUUUAAACAGAUUAAUGUUGCAUGCACUUGUGUGCCGCAUACACAGCUUUAAUACCUUUUGCUUCUGAACGCGAGCCUUCAUUACAGUACAACAUUUGCGUGUCCAGUCAAUCCCAAAAUGCACCCCUACAGGGAGCACAAUCAAUAAGCACAUUAAAGCCCAGGCCACUCAGACAACACAUGCUGGAAAUAAAAUAGCCAUGAUGUCUGACAAACCAUGGCUGUAUGCACCAGCUGGAAUUCCAUCCUUUAAUAGACAGACAUAAUAUGGUUAAUGGAAUGCAUGAGUUAUUAUAUAUGCUGUUAUAUUAAGUAUCGAUUCAAAAGUUUGGGGACUGAAAGAUUUUUUUGACUUUUGCAUCAAUGUCGCAUCAAAAAAUGUAGUUCUUUUCAACUUUCCAUUCAUCAAAUAAUUCUAUUGUGGUUUCCACUAAAUGAUUAAGCAGCACAACUGUUUUCAACAUGAUAAGAAAUGUUUCUCGAGCAGCAAAUCAGCAUAUUAGAAUGAUUUCUAAAGGAUUAUGAGACAUUCAAGACAGAAGUAUGGCUGCUUGAAACUGACUUCUUUUUUAAAUAUUACAAAAAUCUUUAAACGAAAACUGCCCUGCUUCAGAUAAACACAAACAGGCAAAGAGAGACAGGUUAAGGUUAAUACAUUUACAUUUAAAAUGCAAAACUGAGCCUUGAGAGCUAUAGUAAUUCGUUCCUGACCUCUCAAAAUGUUUAUAGUUCUAUAGUUUUACUUUUCAUACUGUAAAAGUAAAUGGGCAACUUAUGUGAUGGUGAUAGUUUGAGACAGGGCCUUGUAAUCCUCAGGUUUCAUUAAGCUAAAGUCCACGAUUUAGGACAAACACACUAGUGUCAAUCUGAUGACCUGUAACAGGACAUACUUAAACCAACAGCAUCAUGUCUUGAGGCGUAACCCCCUAUGGUAUACAGUUAGACAAUGUGGAAAAAUGGACACCUGGCAGUAGCUUCAGACUGAGUUACACAGAGGAAAAAUCUAAGCCUGUCAGGCACCGCUGGCAUUCAAAGGUGAGAAUGACCUCAGAUAAGGGGGUGACUCCACUUCUGGGAAACACCGGAAGCCCCUGAGCUCAGAACUGUUAAUUUAUAGAAGCUUCCUGCAUCUUUUAGAUCACAGUUGUGUGCAUAGACAUAUGCACAUGAUCUGUGUCCUAACAUGAAAUCACCUUUAUUCACAUUACUUGUAAAAUAGAACUAUUAAUUCAAGUGAUGAUUAUUCAAUAUUCUGUGGCCACUCUGUGAACACAGGUUUUUGUUUGUUUUUCAAGUCAGCAAACUUACUCAAACUGCCUCUGUUUAUUUUACAUUUAUGUAUUUUGAUGUAAAACCAAAUGAGUAAUAUGGUUAAGACUGCGUUACUUUAACUCGAUUAGAAAGCCAUUUCCAGAUGUUGCCAGAUGCUUAGUUGUUUAGAAUAUACAAUGCAAUUUAGAUGUUGGGAAAUUUGUAAUAUUCUACAAAUGUAAUUAUUUGAAUUAAUUAAUUUGCUUACAGGUUUUUUUAAUGGUAGCUAUUAAGAAGUUGACUGAUAAACAAAAAGCAAAUGGCUGCAAGAGAAAGCAGCAGUAUUAUUUAACUGACAGACAAUGUUACAGAACAAAAACAUUUAAGUGCAAUUAAAGUGUUUCUAUGUUAAUUUAAAAGAUAUGUAAUUAUUGUUCUUGUUUGGUUUCUUUUUAUACACUGGAAUGCACUGACAAGUUUGUUACUGUUGAUAUGCACUGAAAAUAAUGAACAAAUUGUCUGUUGUUGUCAUGUUUUGGCUGACCCCUGGUGGACAUUAUGCUCCUCAUAUCUUUGCGUGUCAACGGGAACCUAUUUAGGUUACCUCUGACACCAUCUUUGUCUGUCUGUUGAAUUAAAAGAACAAUUUAAGUAAUUUUACUAAGAAUAAAAUAGGUGCUUCUGUAGUAAUUUUCCUCAGCCAAGCAAACUGAGCCAUAGACACAGCUGGAUCAAAAUACUGUAUAUAUUAAAUGAUGUUUUUGAUUCAUUCUAAAUGUAAUAAAGACUGAACUA